AUGCUGUGCAACCCCCUCCCAGUCGGUGGCAUCUAUGAGACCACAUACAACGACAUUAUUAUUGACAUUGACAUCCGUAAGAACCUGUAUGCCAACAAUGUCCUAUCUGGCGGUACCAUCAUGUAUCCUGGUAUCGGUGACCACAUGCAGAAACAGAUCACAGCUCUGGUCUCCAGCACCAUGAAGAUCAAGGUGAUUACCUGCCCUGAGCGUAAGUACUCAGUCUGGGUCAUUGGCUCCUUCUUGGCCUCCCUGUUCACCUUCCAGCAGAUGUGGAUCAGUGAGGAUGAAUACAAAGAGGCCGGAACCUCCAUCGUCCACAGGAAGUGCUUCUAA